AUGGACCCUUCAUUAUCCUCUCCUAUCACCUCAAAAAAGUCUGUAAAGUUAGAAAAGCUAAGCAAAAUUCCUUCUAGUAUUCAAAAUCCUUCACACUUUAAUCAAUUUAAAUCUUGUCUCAACAGCUCUUUCAAAGAUUUCAAUGAUCUUUCUUCUUCUGCUACCAUUAAUUUGAUGCUGUCACGUUCUAAAGAAAGCCACCUUGAUAUUUAUAGCUUAUUUCUGUUAUACUCUAACUUAGGGAAGUUUUAUAUAAACAUACCUACCAGUAUGAUAAAAGACAACAAAAGUGGGAUCAACAAUAUUAUACAAACAAAGAAAAAUGGGCGUAUUUAUGCUAGAAACUGCCAUGAAAAGGAUUUUUUUUCAAUUAAUCAAAAUAAUACCCAGGAAAAAAAUCCACUUUUUUGUAUUAAGUCUCCACUUAAAGAUAUUCAGCUAUUUUAUUCCAUAGAGGCUGCAGAAAAUGCUUGGAAAAAGGCAAGAAAUGAACCAAUUUUAGUGCAAAAAUUUAUAAAUGGCUAUUCAAUUGUCCCAUCUAUAACUAGAGUUCUUUGAAGGGAUGGAAAUGAGAAUAAAUAUUUUUGCAUAGCAAGUAAAUCAAUACAAAACACAAGAUUGGUUGAAAGCAAGCCAAAGAUUUCUCAAGCAUCUAGCAAUAAUAUAGGUAAAACUAACCAUUUUUCAAAAUUCAGAUAUUCUCAUAUGAUACCUAAAACUAAAAAAUCUCAUAAUACCCAAUUCUGUAUAGCUCAAAAAAAUAGAAAAAAAGAUAUCCGCUCCUCCAGUGCUAUUAUGAAUGAAAAUAAAUGAUCUUGUGAAAAAAUAGCUGAAAAUAGAUCUAAAUCAUUAUCUCCUUGCAAAAUGCCUAUCACUUAUAUUGUGAGCACCAAAUCACAAGAAGAAUAUAUAGUAACAGAGAACAAGUCUGAAAUUCCAGAAAUCGAUGAUAUGAUCAAUCAGAUUGUAACUUUUUUAAAUAACCAUUUUUGCAAAGAUGAAAAAUUAAAAUAUCUUGUAGCAGACUUUAUUUACAAUAAGAAUGGAAAAUGAGUAUUUUUAGACUGCAAAGAAUACUCAACUCAGAGUAGUUCUCCAAUAGAUAGUUUAAAUAGUGAAUCAGAACCAAAAAUUCUUUCUCCUCCGCGCAAUAAAAGAUCACUAUCAGAAGGCAUCCAAAAUAUAAUACCUUUGGAGUCAAUAAGAUGUAAAACUCCUACUACAGCAACUCUACCUUUCAAAAUGAAGAAGAAUUUUAACCUAAAUCGAACAAUAGAAGCCAGUAGUGAACAUUAAUAUUAACAUUACUUAGAGUAUUUAACGUGUUACUCCAGUUCCGCAGGGUGAUUUAACAAAACUACAAGGACUCACCCAGUAGAAACCAACUGGUGACGUCGCUGGGCAUUUCCGACGUCACCCUUUUUAUCGGGCCGACUGACUAUCCUAAGCAAACGUCGGCCAAUUGGCUGCUGGAUCUCACGGGCUGAGUUACCUCGCUCAAAACUUGACUUCUGUGCGUUUUGCCGCCUGGAUCUCCCUCCUCGGGAGUGUCAAGCAGUAAAACCCUCUGUCCACCAAACAUCCAAGGAUCAGGCUAGGAGGCUGUACACUCCUCCCCGUUGCUUACCUGAUAUAGCUGGAUAAGGCCUCACCGGGAAAACUGAACCCUAUAAUAAUAAAAUUGCCAAAGGAAAGAAAAUUCCUCAGCGAGGAAUUUUCUCGACGACGCCAUUUUUAUAUUAUCAACCAGUAGUGAACAAGAUUUAUUUGAAAGAUGCAAUAAGCUAAGCCAAAAAAUUGAUUAUUUAACUAGUCUAAAGCCGGCUAGACAUCUCAAUAAAGUAAAUUUUAAAGAAGAAAGCAUUAAAGCUUAUCAAAUGAGAUUCAAUCAGAAUACAUGCACUUAUUUGGAUAAAAUCCAAAAAGAUAGCUCUAUGUCAGAUGACAGUGUAUUUUAGAUAGUGUGCAUCUCAUCACAGUAAAUUUGGUUGAAAUUCAACGUUUUAUUUCGUCAAAUGUCUUACUAUUAAAAAGUUUUAACCAAUUUUCGACCAAAUGUAUUUAUGUGAAAUUCAAACUAUCAAGGUCAAUCAUUGGACCUGUACCCAAAAAGAUAUGAACCGUAACGAUGAAUUUUUAAUAUCUUGUCCAAUUUUUAAACAAAAGCCAAACAUAGAAAAUGCUAGUUCCCUGAGAGAACAAAGUCAUUGGAAAAAUCCCUAUUUUUACUGAAAAAACAUAAUUUUUUUUUUUAUCGCUCAUGGAAGGAAAGGGGAGUAAGAAUACUUUAUUAUUCCAUAAAGUAAAUGACCAUGCUCAAAGGCAUCUAUUAGAGACUAAUAAUAAUUUAGAUGAGAUGAAAGUCCAAUGCGAAUUAAUCAAAGUCAAAAGAAAAGAUUUAAUACACCACUAUGGAGGAGACGAGUUUUGGAAUCAAUUUAUUAUGUCACUAUACAAAAAAGUAAUAGAAAAUGAAUCUUUGUGCAAGUAUUUUAGCACUUCAAGCUUAAAUAUGAUUAUCAGAGGCAUGCUUAAAGUUUUCAAUGGAAAUGCUACUCUAGAAUUCAGAAGAACAGUAAGAUCUGCCCAUCAAAAUUUAAAAAUUUGUGAAAAAGAAUUUGACUCCUACUCUAACAUUUUUGAAAGCACUCUAAAAGAAUUCCAUAUUGAGGAGGACGAUCGGCAAAUGAUUAUGUCACAAAUCAAAUCCAUGAAGUGUUUAAUAUGCAAAUAA